GGUAUAGUGAAUUUUCCGUUGUUAGAACCUCUUGUAGCGAAAUUCACCUCUAUAUAACGAAUGUUCCACGACUGCACCUUGUUAUAACGAACGUAAACAAACGUCGCAACGAUAACAAAGGACAACAAACAAACAAUCGUGUCUCGACAUGAAAGCUUGUCUUGACAUGAAAGCUUAGUCACAGCCACUCCGGUCUGAACUGCUAGACGAGUUUAUUCAGUUGUUGUGGAAAGUUUGGAUUGUGCGGUGCUUCGGAAUUAAGUUACAGUAGUUUCGUGACGAUGGACGCCAAUAACAAAAAGAAACGGCGCGCUAUAAGCGUAGAGUGUAAACGAAAAAUUAUCAAAUGCGUUGAAGACAAUCCGGCAAAAAAAAAAUUGGACAUCGUGAAAGAAUUGGGCAUUUCGCCCAGCACUUUAGCUACAAUUUUAAAAAAGAAAGAGAAGUUCGAUGACGGAAGUGUACUGUGUUCCAAAAUCAGAAAGAUAAGAUCGUGUGAGCUGAAGGACGUAGAGGAGUGUGUGGUUAAAUGGUUGAAGCAGUGCCGAGACAAAAAUAUUGCAAUAAGUGGACCUAUACUUCAAGAAAAAGCCCAACAGUUUGCUUUUGAACUGGGACACGAGAACUUCCGAGCAAGCAGUGGAUGGUUGCAAAACUUUAAAAAACGAAAAUGAACUUAUUUUUCGA